AUGAAGUCGUUGAAUGAUGUGGUGGAGUCUGGGAAGCGAGAGGAAGAGCAUGAAAUGAUCCCGUACCGUCUCGAUAGCGGUGUUGGGAUAAUCCCCCGGUCGCCACUGGCCCGCGGUGUCCUUCCAACCCCUAGGUCCACAAAGACCUCAGUCCACGCACAUACCGAUGUCCCCAUUGGCUUUACAGUCCCUACUCGUGACCAAGACGUGGAUGAGCAGAUUGUGGUCGUGUGGAGGAGCUGGCGCGAAAGAAGGGGAUCAGUAUAG